AUGCCGGCUUUCGCAUCUUCUUCCCGCUUCCCGAUUAAGUUCAGCGGUGAUUAUUCGGUAAGGGAAAAAUUGAUGAAAACUGAAAAUGGACCACAGGGACGGCAUAAUAUCAGUAAAGGAUCAGCUCCUUCGGAAACCGAGCCCACCGUCAUCUAUAGUAGCAUUCCACCAGAUGUCAAUAUGGACUCGAUGUCACGGGCCACCAAGUCCAGUAUAGUUGGUGAAAUGCUAAGGAUAACGAAGGGUCCAGGCGGAAAGCUGAGAAUUUUCGCUUGUGAGCCGACAGACGAGAGCUCACUUCCAUCGGUGUAUGAUCGAGGGCAAAACUCAUCGUGCGUUGUUUGCCAUCGCACGAUUGAAGAUCGGGAAAUGUUUUUGAACUUUCCUGAUGAUUUAGAUAGAAGACGCUUAUGGGGAAAUAUGCUUGGCUUCAAAUAUUCGGAUAUGCUUCGUUUACGUGAUGGAUCUGUCAUGCUGAGCACUGGUGAUAUAUGCACUGAUCAUUUUUCUGAGGAAUGCUUUAGACUACCGGAAAAUAAUGUCGCAUUUUGUUUAGGUUAA